AAUCUUUGCACACACUCUAACAUCUCUCACUUUUCCAACCUUUGCUUCCAUACUUCUUAGUUCUUUCUCUUUAUCCCACACUCUCUCUAUCUCUCUUCAAUCCUUCACUUUCUCUCAGUUCUGCUUGUGCAAGUGUUACCUAACAUCAAACUAUGAAACCAACACCGCCACCUCCAUUACUUCCCAUUCUCCUCUUAUUCAUCUUCUCCCUCUUCCCCACUAUUAUCACCUCAGUUUCUCUACCACUUCCACCAACAUCAUCACCUUCUUCACCUUCCACUUCAACUCUUGACCCAAACCAACUCAAAGCCCUUCAAUCCCUCAACAUCCCCACAUCAAAAGACCCUUGCAUCCAACCAUCCUUCCACAAUGCCACACAAUGUGACUCAUCAAAACCCUUUCGCCACCUUCUUUCCCUAACCCUUUCCAACUGCUCAACCUCCAUUUCUCUCUCCUACAAUGCCCUCAAAUCCCUCUCCACACUCCAAUCACUUCACUUCCUUAACUGCCCUAUUGCUCCCAUUCAUUUCCCUCCUCAACUCACAUACUCUCUCCUCUCCUUCACUUCCAUCAACAGCCUCCAUAAGAUCUCAGGAGUAUGGCUCUCUCACCUAGCAAAUCUCACUGAUCUCACUGUCUCAAAUACCCCAAUUAAAGCUUCUGGUCCUUAUGUUAUCCUUGCUCACAUGAAAAAGCUCAAAACUUUAACCAUUUCCAAUACUAACCUCACUGGCUUUCUUCCAAAAUUCAUCCAUUCCAACCUUACCCAUAUAGAUUUUUCAUCUAACAAUCUCAAAGGAAACAUACCCUCUUCCAUAACCAUGCUUGAUAGCCUAGAAAGUUUGAAUCUUUCUUCAAAUGGGUUCAAGGGUGAGAUACCCUCUUCAUUAGAGAACUUAAUUUCCCUUAAAAAUCUUUCCUUGGCUUCAAAUUCAUUUUCUGGUUCUAUCCCAGAUUCAAUUUCUGCUAUACCUGAUUUGUUUCACUUGGAUCUGAGUUCAAACCAGCUCAAUGGGACAAUUCCAAAGUUCAUUUCAGAAAUGAAGAAUCUCAAAUACUUGAAUCUUGCUAACAAUAAUCUUCAUGGAGUUGUGCCAUUCAAUUUGACAUUUAUCAAAAGAUUGACAAUAUUUAAGGUUGUUGGGAAUAGUAACUUGUGUUAUAAUCAUUCUGUUCUGUCUUCAAAAUUGAAGCUUGAGAUUGCUCCUUGUGAUAAGUAUGGAAUGCCAAUGUCUCCACCACCUUCUAAGGAUUCUUCUGAAGAUGAUAGUAGUGAUGAUGAUUCAGAUUAUGGUGAUGAUGAUGAUGGUAGCAUCCAUAAAAGAGAACAUCAUGGGCCAAAUAAAUUUGUUCUUGGGGUGGCAAUUGCUCUUUCUUCAAUUGUCUUUCUGAUUGUGUUCCUAAUCCUAUGUUCAAAAUGCUGUCGUUGAAGAAACACUUUUGUUUUUUUACUUUAUAGAAUUUUGGUUAGGAAAAUUGAUCAUUUUAAUUGGUGCUUGUUUAAUUAAUUAUACAAUGGUGGUGAUUGCCAAAGACAAAAUGAAAAUAUGAUUUUUAGUUUAGUUUUGUUUGGGUGAUAGUAUAUGAA